AUGGGCCCGUCUGAGGAGCCGUGCUUGGGCGGGACCGCUGCGUGCAAUUUCAUCAAAUCUCACGUGGACUCCAGCAGUGUUGAUUCCCUCUUCUAUGCUGCACAGUCCAUCCGGGUCCUCUCUGGCUGUGAGGUUACCAUUUCAAAUGAGACCAGAGAGCUGCUGCUCGCAGCUGUCAGUGAGGAUUCCUCAAUCACCCAGAUCUUCCACGCCGUCGGGGCCCUGAGUGGCUUUGGCCUUCCUUUAGCAUCUCAGGAAGCACUUAGUGCUCUUACUGCUCGUCUGAGCAAAGAAGAAAAUGUACUGGCAACCAUCCAGGCUUUGGAGACAGCAUCAUACUUGUCUCAGCAGGCAGAUCUGAGCAGCAUUGUUGAGGAGAUAGAGGAUCUCGUGGCUCGCCUGGAUGACUUGGGUGGAGUUUACCUGCAGUUUGAAGAAGGAAUCGAGACCACUGCACUGUUCGUUGCUGCUGCCUAUAAGCUGUCAGACCACGUGGGUACGGAGCCAGCGAUGAAGGAGGAUCAAAUUAUCCAGUUGAUGAAUGCAAUUUUUAGCAAGAAAAACUUUGAGACGCUCUCAGAGGCUUUCAGCAUUGCUUGUGCUGCAGGUUCUUUAUCCCGGAACCGCUACCACUUACCCGUCAUCAUUGUCCCCGAUGGGCCCUCAGCCGUGUCUCACCAUCAGCCCAUACUCAGGCUACAAGUGACUGAUGUUAUGUCACAGCCACUGACUCAAGCUUCCGUAAAGCUUGACUAUGCCAAGGCUGCAUCUAGCAAAGCCACUGUCCUUCAACAGACAGCAUUUGCUCUGUCAGGAGACGUCUUUGAGCUGAACUUCAUGAGUGUGAAACCUGCCAGUGGGUAUUAUGAUUUCUCUAUCAGUGUUGAUGGAGAUAAGCGAUUUAUUGCCAACAAAGUUGAGCUGAAAGUAAAAGUUUCCACGGAAGUUGGGAUUACCAAUGUAGAUCUUUCUACUGUGGAUAAAGAUCAGAGCAUUGCGCCAAAAACAACCAGGGUAGCGUACCCAGCCAAAGCCAAGGGCUCCUUCACUGCUGACAGCCAUCAGAACUUUGCUUUAUCCUUCCAACUGAUAGAUGUGAACAGUGGAGCUGAACUCAUCCCUCACCAGACUUUUGUGCGACUUCACAACCAGAAGACUGGCCAGGAGGUGGUGUUUGUUGCAGAACCAGAUAGCAAGAAUGUCUACAAGUUUGAGCUGGACACCUCUGAAAGAAAGACUGAAUUUGACUCUGCCUCUGGUACCUACACUCUUUACCUGAUCAUUGGAGAUGCCACUCUGGAAAAUCCAAUCCUGUGGAAUGUGGCUGAUGUUGUUAUCAAAUUCCCAGAAGAGGAUGCACCAUCCGCAGUCCAAUCAAAGAACCUCUUUGUUCCCAAACCUGAAAUCCAGCACCUCUUCAGGGAACCGGAGAAGAGGCCUCCCACUGUGGUAUCUAACACUUUCACAGCACUGAUUCUCUCUCCCCUGCUUUUGCUGCUCAUUCUGUGGAUAAAGAUAGGUGCCAACAUCUCCAACUUCAGCUUUGCUCCCAGCACCAUUGUUUUUCACAUGGGACAUGCUGCGAUGUUGGGACUCAUGUAUGUCUACUGGACUCAGCUCAACAUGUUCCAGACUCUGAAGUACUUGGCCAUUUUGGGUGGUGUCACGUUCCUGGCAGGCAACAGGAUGCUAGCUCAGAAGGCAGUAAAAAGGACACACUAGUACCAGAAGAAUGGAAGAAAUGGGGAAAAACAAAGCAAAUGCCUUCAGAACAGAAGUGAAUAAAUAACUGAAAGAAUAGAAGAAGAAGGCAGAAGCAGAUUUUUUUUGUAUUGAGUUGAAAGGGUGCCAGUAAUACUUUUUUAAAAAUCUGAUUUUUGUUGUUGUGUUCAUGCUAUUUGAGUGCUUUUCAUAUGAAUCUGGAAAAUCCUUUCUUCCCUGGAUCCUCCUCCCUUUUUUCUCCCAGGAUGUUUGAAUUUCCUUCAGAAAAUGAGGAAAAAAGAAAGUAUAGUUCUGCCUUUCCCCAGGUGCUGUCUCCUCAAUUUGUGAAUAAAGAGGA